AUGCAUCAUGGAAUGAACCCGAGCCCGGGGGACGGAUUUCUGCAGCAGCAGCAACCCCCGCCGCCGCAGCCGCCGCCCCCCCGCAGGCUGCUGGCCGCCGUCCUGGGGAUCCAGCUGGCGCUGUGCUUCGGCCCCGCACAGCUCACGGGCGGGUUGGAUGACCUUCAGGUGUGCACUGACCCAGGCGUCCCCGAGGAUGGCUUCAGGACGCCCGGCGGAGGGGUUUUCCUUGAAAGCUCUGUCACCCAGUUUCACUGCCAAGAUGGGUUCACGCUCAAGGGCCCUACAAAGAGACUGUGUGUGAGACAUCUUAAUGGAACCCUCGGCUGGAUCCCCAGCGAUAAGCCCUUCUGUGCGCAAGAAGAUUGCCGUAUCCCUCAAAUUGACGACGCUGAGAUUCAUAACAAGACGUACAGACGUGGGGACAAGCUGAUCGUCACCUGUCACGAAGGAUUCAAGAUCCGCUACCCGGACCUGUACAAUAUGGUUUCGCUGUGCCGCGGUGACGGGACGUGGGACAACCUGCCGCUCUGUCAAGGCUGCCUGAGGCCUCUCACCUCUUCCAACGGCUACGCGAACAUCUCCGAGUUGCAGACCUCCUUCCCCGUGGGGACGGUCAUCUCCUACCACUGCUUCCCUGGAUACAAGCUGGAGGGGGCCGAGCACCUCGAGUGCUUACACAGCCUCAUCUGGUCGACCAGCCCACCCCGGUGCCUUGCUCUGGAAGUGUGUCCGCUGCCUCCAACUGUGAGUCACGGCGAUUUCGUCUGCCACCCCUGGCCUUGCGAGCGCUACAACCACGGGACCGUGGUGGAGUUUUACUGCGACCCCGGCUACAGCCUCACCAGUGAUUACAAGUACAUCACCUGCCAGUACGGGGAGUGGUUUCCCUCCUACCAAGUCUACUGCAUCAAGUCAGAGCAAACGUGGCCCAGUAGCCACGAGACCCUCCUGACCACAUGGAAGAUCGUGGCGUUCACGGCAACCAGCGUGUUGCUGGUGCUGGUGCUCGUCAUCCUGGCCAGGAUGUUCCAGACCAAGUUCAAGGCCCACUUUCCCCCCAGGGGGCCUCCGCGGAGCUCCUGCAGCGACCCGGACUUUGUGGUGGUGGAUGGCGUGCCUGUCAUGCUUCCAUCCUACGACGAGGCUGUGAGUGGAGGUGUGAGGGCAUCAGGCCCCGGGUACCUGGCCUCUGUGGGCCAGGGCUGUCCCUUGCCCGUGGACGACCAGAGCCCCCCAGCAUACCCCGGCUCAGGAGACACGGACACAGGCCCGGGGGGCUCAGAACCCUGUGAUGGCAGCUCAGGCUCUUCUGAGCUGCUCCAGAGUCUGUAUUUGCCCUCCAUGUGCCCGGGGGGCACACGCCCCGACAGCGCUGACACAGGGGCCGGCAUGGCGGGAGAGGUGGCGUCCACCAGCCCGGGCAUCGACAUCGCAGAUGAGAUCCCGCUAAUGGAAGGAGAUCCGUGA